AUGGAUCCAGUUGUCAAGGCAAAAGAGAUUGAAGCUAAAAUUAAAGAGCUGACGAGUAUCUGCAGCCCUAUUAUUUCAAAGCCCAAACCCAAAGUGGAACCUCCAAAAGAGGAGCAAAAAAAUGCAGAGCAGAAUGGACCAGUGGAUGGACAAGGAGACAACCCGGGCCCUCAGGCUGCUGAGCAGGGUACAGACACAGCUGUGCCUUCGGAUUCAGACAAGAAGCUUCCUGAAAUGGACAUUGAUUGA